ACGCUCGCCGAAAAUAGCAGAUCGUACCUCAAGAGGCCGGGUAUUCUCAGCCGUGGCCAGUCGUGAUCGCGAUCGUGCCGGUGAAAGUCGUUCUCUCGUGAUAAUCCCCCUUCUCCUUCCACGUUAACGUGAGAGAGUUCAAAAAUAUCGAAGGUCGCCGCCUUCUGCGUUGAGUGGUGACAUUGGAAAAUGCGCGGGUGAAAAUUUUCUUUUUCAAACGUAUUUCGACGACCGGUAUGUUGAGACCUUGACGGUAAUUAGUGCGGAUCGGUUACAUGCUAGUAAAGAUAAACAAACCCAGCGCUGGCGGAAGUGAAAGAGGACACCCUCCUAGCGGUGAGAGCGUAGGAGAGUACAAAUCUCUCACCGUAGAACGAGCAGGCACGGCAGCAGCUACAGCAUCCAGUACAAGUAGCAGCAGCAACCAGCCAGCCAUCCAGCAGUGUGUUUCAGCAUCGUCGCGUGUGUGUGAAAAGUGAAAAUCUCCGCCGUCCUUUUGGGGUGAAAAACGUCGAAGGCGAAAAAUUUUCCUUCUUGUGGCAACGCAAUCGGGGAAAUUGGCCAUCCCGCCAUCAGGAAACUCGGGAUUUCGGUGUCGUGAAAAACGGGAAAAACUCCGGCAGGCGGGGAAAAUCUGUGAACGUCGCUUUCUACUAUCUGAGGAGUUCUGAGGCCCAAGUCACUGCCCAUUUUGCGUAGAGAAGAAAAACUCGGUCGGGGCGUCGACUUAUGGUGGAGUCUAAUAACUCCUGUGACCUGCCUGCGAGGAUUUGGGCUGAAAAUUGCCGAAGCGAAGAAUCGAAGUGAUUGAUUGGGGUUUUGAGAAUGCGGAUUUUGGUGUGAAUUGUGUAAUUAUUCGGUAAUUGAGUGCUGCGAAAAUCGAAGGAAAAUGGAUGCAGUGCUGGAAAAAGGAUAACCGUGGAUCAGGGGUUUCUUCGCGGGGGGCGUAAAAAAAUGUGAAAUAACCUUUCAAAAGGAAAUUAUCGCAAGGAAAGUUUUGAAAAAAUGGUGUUACGCAUUAUAUUAUCAGCCAGAGAAGAUAUGGAUGACGAUAUGUCCUCCCGAUUGACGACUAGUGAUGGCGGCGAGAAAAAGAAGAAGUAUGGUAUCAAUAUUUAAGAUGAGACCACCUCAGUGAGGCAGUUCAUGGAAAAGUGAAAAAGUGUUAUGCUUCAUUUAAGUUUUGUUGAAGAUAUGUUGAAAACUAGCAUAAAUUACGUAAAAUUGCUCCAUAAUGGCCAGAUGGACAGGUAUUUUGGCCGAAAUGGAGUCCACAGGAGCAAGUGAAAAUCGUAGCUGAAUUUGUACUCCAUAGUCACAUUUUGAGUAACGGGAGUAGCAGCAGCCGAAGUCAUCGAAGGAAAAAAGCGACCAGAAAAAAGGAAGAGGCGGUGGGCUGGGGCGUGCAAGGAUUUUCUUGUAAGCCUCUCCGAAUUUCGAAAUCAACCGACAGGCUGUCUCUCGGCAGAUCUUCCCAAAUCAGAGGAUCUCCGGAUUCUUCUCGCGUAUCCUUCUACUCUCGCGUGGCUUCUGUCACUCUCAAACACAAAUGCAAUCGCACACUUACACACUCACACUUUCCGCGGAAUACAGUGAAAAGUGAGACAAUUACUAUAGGAUAUUCUACCGGAAUUAAGUAAAAAUAAAAACAACCAACCGUUCCGUACAAAUCGAAAAUGCCAAAAACUACGACUUACCAAAUAGUUGCAUCUAGGCGCCGAAUGAUGAAAGUCGCACCAUUCAUUCUACUCUGUUGCUUGCUCAACCGCUCCGUACUGGGUCAGCGUCCUCUAGGAAACGCCACGUUCGGAGCAGCGCACAACUCCACGGGCGUAAUAAACGUCCUUCAGCCAUCGACCACUUCCACAACCAACGAACCGCCCGUAGAACACAUCCAACUCCCCGGGCAUAGAGCAGCGUCCAGCAAUCAGAUUGCCACCGACGAGGAAGACGAAGAAACACCAUACCCAAGCAUCAACGACAUCUCGUCGGAAAGUGGACACCGGGGCGGGGCCAGUCCCAGUCUGAUCCAGCAUGCCCGGAACAACAAGUACAUUCCCACGCCGACCACGGCCCAUCGUGGCAGCGGCGGUGGCGUCAAUGGCGGUGGAGUGGACGACCCCCACCAAGAUCGAAGGAUGCCGUUCAAUCCUCGGCGGUUCAAGGCGUCCAGUAUCGCCGAACUGCGGAAGCUGAACAAUCAGCAAAAGUCGCAGGAUCCGGCUGAAGUCCCGGAGCGGAAUGGCUCGGCGACGAUCUCCAGGGGUAGUGCCAGUGGACAGAAUCGGCAGAAUUUGCUGGAUAUGCAUUAUGGGAAUUCGGUGUCAUCCCCCGGAUAUCGACGGCCGUACGAACAUUAUAAAACGCCGAGAGAUGAUCCGCUGAGGGCGAUCUACGAGCGGAUUAAUGUGCACUAUCCUCACCAACAGCCGACUGCCCUUGAAAUCGAUAACAUGCUCGGAGUGAUGUGCAACUUCGAAACCGAGUGCGCAUGGAAGGCGGACGAAGCAAACCCGAACAGCUUCCAGGUGGUAACCGGAGCAAACCUUACGGCAUCCAAUCGAACUGGCAUGAUGCCGGGUCCAAGCUCGGACAUCCUCGGCGAUGCCAAUGGGCAUUUCCUGCAUCUGAGGUUGACGUCAAAUAGCACCCAGCACAUACUGACCUCGCCGAUGUUCGGUGCCACCCGGGAACACUGCUAUCUGGAGAUGAUGACCCACCAGAGUUCUAUGGGCCAUGGAACGUUGCGGAUAGUGAUCGAGACCAGCGGGAACCAGGAUCCGUCCUGGGUGCCGGCGGAAGUGUUUGGAAAUGAUUUGCGCAAGUGGCAGCGGACAACGUUUCGGAUCGAUCGGAUAUCGAAGGAUUUUCAGAUUCUGUUCGAGGUGGUGCCCAAUCGACUCGGUGGACGAGCGAGAGGGCAUGUCAGUAUCGACAAUUUGAAACUGGUUAACUGUUUUCCGGAUGCGUUGAGCACGAAGAAUUGCAGUGAAUCCCAAGUGCAGUGCACAUCACGAAAGUUGCCGGUUUGCAUCAAGACUCCGAAGAUUUGUGAUAUUACUGUCGAUUGCGACGAGGAAGAAGAUGAAACGCUCAAUUGUGACAAAAUCCCUUUCGGAGGCCGUUGCGACUUCGAGAGCAACUGGUGCGGCUGGCAAAACUACGGUAACGCCAUUCUAUCCUGGGCACGCCAUUCGGGACCUACGCCAACCGAAAAGACCGGACCGGAUUUUGAUCACACGUUCUGGCAGCAGAGCAACACAACAGGAUACUACAUGUUCGUCAACAUGAACCAGCAUGCGAACGACAGCGAGAAGAAGACAUUGGUUGGAUUGGCGAGCAACGCGAUUAUGAACAGUGUCAUCUUCAAUCCUCCUCCUCUGGUGCAUACGAAUGCUUCCUCGCCCUUUCGAAACUCCUGUGUGGUCCGCUUCUACGUCCAUCAGUUCGGAAUGAACCCGGGAAGCAUAAAUCUGUCCAGUGUGGAAAUCAAGGAGAAGGAAAACGUCACAACGACCCUUUGGUGGAGUUCCAAGAACCUUGGUGAUGAUUGGCAGCGGGUUGACAUCAUUCUACCGAACAUCACUACUAAGUACUACCUACAAUUCGAAGCACGCAUGGGCAUGCGGAUCUACUCGGACGUUGCCAUCGAUGAUUUCUCGUUGAGUCCGGAAUGCUUCGGGCUCAACAUACCGGCCGAGCAUCUGGACGGGUACAAUUAUUGGGACCCGCGAAUCGGUGGGAUCAAACAGCCCCACAAAGAUUUUGUCGGGAAGUCAUAUAUCGAGCUCAAUACAUGCGGUGCAAAAGGGCAGCAAGGACCGACUCCGUCCGAUUGUUUGGCGUCGUACAACAACACCGAAGCGUUGAACGCCAUCCAUGUGAUCGACAGCCUACCGUUCAAGGGCAUCCAGGCGUGGAAGGUCCCCAACGAGGGCUACUACACGAUCAUUGCGAAGGGUGCCGGUGGAGGUCUCGGAUCAGGUGGGGUGGGGUCGUCCAGAGGUGCGAUGGUGUUGAGCGUGCUGGAGCUCCACAAAGAUGAGGAGAUCUACAUUUUGGUGGGCCAGAGCGGCGAGCAUGCUUGCAUCAAAUCGAUGGGACUGCGGGACGAGACUUGCGAGCCCAAGAAUAAGCAAUACCCGAACGAUCUGUUCUUCUCGAAGACCCACCAGGUGAAGAAUACAGUGAUUGAGGACGGGGCAGGUGGUGGCGGUGGAGGAACCUAUGUAUUUUUGCUCAAUUCGGCCAACACAGCCGUUCCACUACUAGUAGCAGGUGGAGGAGGUGGUCUUGGAGUAGGUCGAUAUCUAGACGAAGAUAUUCAGCAUGGAAAAAAGUUUAUCCCUGGGAAGAAAGACGUUUCCGGGACAGCUCAUUCAGAAGCGGCACGACAUGCUGGACCUGGAGGAGGCUGGCGAGCGCAGGCCGACAUGGCGUUGGAUCCCAACUAUGGGGCUUCUCUUUUGGAAGGAGGUCGUGGAGGAGUUCCUUGCUACCAACCACGGGGAACCCAUGGUCAGGGAGGCUUCGGUGGAGGUGGUGGGGGUUGCGAUACUGGUGGUGGUGGCGGAGGUUACUCCGGUGGCGAUACGAUGAUCAACUCAACGAAUGGACAGGGUGGUAGCUCUUUUUUGGCCUCCAAGAGGAACGUACCGGAGUUAUCAAUGGAACAUUCUGGAACAAACAGUGGCCAUGGGGCGGUUCUUAUUAUACCGGCUAUAGAGGGAUGUGGAUGCGAUUAUCGUUGCGUGGCGCUCGAUGAGUACCGUUUUACAGUGGGAUGUAUCUGUCCAGAUGGCUGGACGCUCAAACCUGAUAACUAUACUGCUUGUGAAAUACAAGCUGAAAAGUAUGAUAUGAAGUACCUUAUCAUGUUCUUUGUAGCCGUUGUGCUAUUUUUAUGUGCAGCUCUGGCUGGUCUAAUACUCAUCUUAUAUAACCGCUAUCAACGUAAACGUCAAGCUGCUCUCCGGCACAAAAUGUUGCUCGAGCAGGAUCUACAGUUGAGUCGAUUGCGGACCACCGCGGACGACACUGGACUGACCAACUUCAAUCCUAACUACGGUUGUGAUGGCAUUCUGAAUGGGAACGUCGACGUUAAGAGUUUGCCCCAGGUGGCACGCGAGAGCUUGCGGCUUGUGAAGGCCCUUGGACAAGGAGCUUUCGGUGAGGUCUACCAAGGCUUGUACCGACAUCGUGACGGAGAUGCAGUGGAGAUGCCUGUGGCGGUGAAGACUCUACCGGAGAUGUCCACUGGUCAAGCAGAGUCUGAUUUCCUCAUGGAGGCUGCCAUCAUGGCUAAGUUUAACCAUCCAAACAUCGUGCACCUGAUAGGUGUCUGCUUUGAUCGUCACCCGAGGUUCAUUGUCCUUGAGCUACUCGCUGGUGGUGAUUUGAAGAACUUCCUUCGGGAAGGUCGCAAUAAACCUGAACGUCCAUCUCCUCUCACGAUGAAGGAUCUUAUCUUUUGCGCCCUGGAUGUGGCCAAGGGUUGCCGUUACAUGGAGAGCAAACGCUUCAUCCAUCGCGAUAUUGCCGCACGGAAUUGUCUGCUUAGCAGUAAGGGCCCCGGUCGGGUCGUCAAGAUUGCCGACUUCGGUAUGGCUCGCGACAUCUACCGUUCCGACUACUACCGGAAAGGUGGUAAAGCGAUGCUGCCAAUAAAGUGGAUGCCUCCGGAAGCCUUCCUGGACGGCAUAUUCACCUCAAAGACUGAUGUGUGGUCGUUCGGUGUGCUUCUAUGGGAGGUAUUCAGCUUGGGUCUGAUGCCCUACACCGGACUGCCGAACCGCGAUGUGAUGCAACUGGUCACCGGCGGAGGUCGCCUCGAUGCUCCUCCUGGUUGCCCUAACGCCAUCUACCGCAUCAUGGCCGACUGCUGGAACCCAACACCCGAGGAGCGGCCAACUUUCUCGAACCUGCUGGAACGACUGACCACCUGUACCCAGGAUCCAGAGGUGAUGAACGCUCCACUGCCGAGCUUCUUCCGGCCGCCAUCCAACGAGCGUGACACAACCAUAAUGCGUCCGCCUGGAAACGACGACUUCUGUCUGCAAGUUCCCAAUUCGUCGGACUAUCUCAUACCGCUUCCGGGACCGAGAAGCGUAGCUGAACGGUUGCUCAGCGAAGCCACCGGUGUCACCAUUCCGGACACUAUGGUCACCUGCACUGCUCCGAAAACCGCGUCCCCUAGGAUGAUGAACGGCCCUCAGUCGCAACAUCAAGACGGAAACUCCUGGGAGACUUCUUUCAUCCUAGAACAUCCAGCGGUGGCGACUAUGGCAGCUACCAUGCCAACCCAGGAUACGACCAUGUUGGUCACCGAGAACGGCACCUUGGAAGUUCCCUGUCCAGUGGUCGACAAGCUGAUCUCGCUGGAUACGCCGCAGCAAACGCCAACCAGUAUACAACCGCCCAUUUCGUUCAGCACACCGAUGACGAACUCGAUCGGAACCGGCGGUCCGCUGAACGGUAUGGUGCCGCACUGCAAUGGGCUGAGCGGGAACCCGAACGGUAACGGUGUGCUGCCGUCGACCCCGUCGCUGGAGCAGAUUGAAACGGCCAAGCUGCUCGGUAGCAUACCUCCGCCAAUCACGCUGGACCCGUCGACGUUGAACAAGCAGCAAAGCGGGUUGGUAGGAGGAACGUCGUACGCCAACAUCCGGAUGAUGAGCUCCAAUGCGCUGAACAAUGGCGACAUAGGCGAGAAGCUGGCUGGCGGGCGGGGUAACGGUGGUGGAGGAGGAAGCAUUGGGGUCGGUGGAGGCGGUAGCCACCAUCACAGUAAUAGCAGCGGGAGUGACAAGAGCGACAACCGGCCGACGGCGUUCACCAUCCAGACGUUCAGCGAUCGGUACAUCAACAAUGAGAACCAUUCGGAGAUAAGCUGUUAAGGUGUGAGGGGUAUGCGAUAGAGGACAGUGAGGUGUUUACUGGAAUCUAGGAGUUCAUUGGACGAAGAAUUUUUAGGAGUUGUGGAAAUCGGUUACAGUAAUCUUUACAAGAAUCUGGGAGAUUGUUUGGUGUAGAUGCUCGCUUCCGCAGUUCGACUCAUCGCUCUUACCAGUCUGCGGAUCUACGAACUACUUCUUCAACCUAACAAGCUUUCAGUACAGCUUCCAUAAACUCUAGUCGAGGGGUGGAUUGACGUUUAAUCAGUACCACGUAAGUCCGAGGCAUCAACAAGCUGCAGUGGAUGCUUCCGUCGAUGACCACUUGCAGGUAUGCUACACACCCGUAUCCGUGUUCGAUGGCAACGAUGAAGAUUUUUGACUUGGCGUCGCCGAUAUAGCCGGAUGAUUACGACCUCCGGCAGCAAACUCGUUCACCGCUUCCUCAAAUCCAAGGAAUUUCUGUCGAUUUCGUAGUCCGAGUUGCAGCUAUAAUGCCACAGAUGCUGGACGACGAUUUUGGCGUGGAUAACGAACGGCAACAGCAAGGAUCGAAGAAGCCCAUGACGCAACAGCUACAAUCCUUCUCGUCGGCCGCUUAGCCUCGUACAGGUACGGCAUCAACUCCUAGCGGUUCAUUGUCGAGAACGUGAACUGGUUCGGGUUUGGCUUCCAGAACACACCCAGGACUCUUCUUCGCCAUCUGCUUGUAACAGCUGAAAUGCACCGGUGUCGGCUUCGUUGUUCUUCCGACGAGUUGGACACCCAGUUCAACAUUUUAAACCCGUCCAUUUUGUUGGCAAACCGGACUUUCUUCGCUAGCUUCACUAGUUCACUGCCUCCAAUUCGGUGUCGACGCUGUCGAAGUAGUAAUCAACGUUUGUCGACCAAAAUAUCGAAAAAUCCAUUAGGUUGAUUCGGGGCGGUACAUCGGGUCCAUUCGGAAGAUGAAACGUUGCUUCUGCUUGUCCACGCGAAUCUGCAGCUGAUGGAACAUCCCUUUCAAAUCUCCACCGAAGGCGAUCCGCAAUUCGCGAAAGCCAGAGAACACUUUGACUAGCUGAACCAGCAUGUUAUCAGCUGUGAGGCUAGGGAAACUCCCUGUACUACCACUGCGGAUGCCGAGACAAGACGAACCUUAUCGAGCUUCUUCGAGUUUUGGACGGCACCACAUUUGGUCAGAGGGAAUCCCAGCCAGCUUCUUGUGAGACUUCCAGCAAGAUGUAAGUACUCCUUCUUUUGGUACUCAUCGGUCUGCUUGCGGACGUUCCCCUUCAGCUUUGGGUGCUUCCUUAGGGCUCCUAAGAUAUAAGGUUUUUGCACCACGAGGGCGUAGUACUUAUUCAUCGUGCCUGUCUGGGUCAUAUUGACUCUAACAUCUUACUAGCAUUAAACGAAGCGCUAUUGGGUAGCUGUCCAGUAUUUCUCCUUUGCUGUUUCCUGCGGAUUAGCCAACACUAACUCUUCCAGCGCGUAGAGACUUUUGAGCAGGACGUCCUCGUUGGUUAAGUGCUGGAGGUUGUCUGACGCGGCCCAAACUUCGUUCAUCCCAUUUUGGUACGAACUACAAUCGGUUCCAUGGACUUAGCCACCUUUGCUUCUACCGACGCGAACGAGUUGCUGUUGUUCGCCUUAACCAGCAACUGGAGCUGUCCAUCGUACGACUUGAUGGGUAACCUCCGCAUAUGUUUGUAUUGUUCCGUGAGCUGCUGCGAUACAACUUUUGAUGCGGUAGCAUCAACUUGCCGGCCUUAUGAACCAUGUGUAACAUCAUCUUGCUGCCUGUUGCGGCGCACACAGGCUUACUGUUUGGGAAGCUUCCACUCUUGACAGGUUUCCCGUCCACCGGAUGACCAAUCGCUCUAGUAUUGCGGUCGCAAGCAGACAGCCGGAGAACCUUUUCUGCGCCAACACGACGGAAGCACAUUUGUCCAGGAACGCCAACACGGACAUCGUUUCUUCCCUCGGAACUCUUCGGAUGUCACAGUAACUCUCGAAACUUGGAACUCUCGAAAGUCACCGAUGAUGCAGUAGAUGUCUUGCACUGCCCACCAUGCCUGAUAAGGCAGACAUAGCAUGACUGCUCGCGGGUCACCAGCUUCAAGUGCUCAGCGUAUCGCAACUUCUUAAAAUCCACACAGUGCCGCAGCCGAUGGUCCACUAACCCAAGAGCGGUCACGUCGUAUACUCAGUACACGCAACAUGAAAAAUGCACCUUUGUGGUACACCGCAUGAGCAUGGUGUCGUCGAAGAUGCUUCAAGACGCGAUUGCUCGAGGGUUAAACGAUACGUCUUGCACGGUUUCCUCUUUUCGCUUGCGUUUGCAGCAGAACCGCUAGCUUCGCUGUGACAGUACAGUCCAGCUUUCUCCUUCGGCUUCAUCUUUCUGGAUUGGGGGACUGCUUUCGACGACGACUGUGGACUGACUUCACAGGCGUCUGCCACGACGUCCAUCAGGAAUUCUGUCAACGUCCGUAGCGUUGUUCCUGAUCCGGCAGCUUGGCAACCAGAGACUUUAUCAGUAGCGGAUUGACGAGGUAUUGCCGUAGAUCCGCUGCCUCCAGAAGGCCGCACAGUUGCUUCAUCGUGUUUCAAAAUGGAACAAAACUCUUCAAAUUACUCUGCUUCGGAGGUUCCAGCUGAUUCACCUUGUCCAUCAGGCUUUGAAGCAGUUGCUCUGGGCUGCCGUAAUGCAAUGGCAUGUGGGAUGGAUUUGUGAAAGAGUAACUGGGGCUUCUUAAAGUGCCAUCAAGUUUUUAUGGCUGGACGCAUUGUUGGUCGUGUAGAAAAAGGGUCACUGUGUCGGUUUGCCGGAGAAUGUUUGGAGUUUGUAUGUUAAUCCCUUCCUUGCGGCCAGCUACGCCUUUAUUGAUCGGGUCUUUUGUUACCCCCGGUCCGUAUCGGCGGAUACUUGCCACGUUUUCAGACGUCUUACUUACUCGGAACACUUUUCCUCACUCUUAUUUCUGAAAUCUGGCUUGACAGGUUGGAAUCGUCGGAGUUUUAAUCGUUCUCGUGUUACUCUUCGGUGCUCUCGUAGUGUCGCGUUAGCUUCCUCACGUUUGAAUUGAUUUUGCUGGAAGAACCCGUUCGCGACACCUCCUUGACAAUUUUUGGUUUGACCUUUGACACGAAAGUUUCGCCAACUAUUUAUCCAUGGCCGCCAUUUACAUCUCGCAUGACUCCUGGUUCGCCUUCAGCCGCUGAAUCUGCUCCUUCUUCUUGGAGUAUCCACGCUUGCCAUGUCAUUACGGAUUUGUUUUUUCAGAAGAUUUCUCAGGAAUUCCGACAGUAGUAGUAAGUGAUAAAUCCAGGGUUCCAUCAGAAUUUCUUUCAGGAGGAUUCAGGGAUGCCUCCUAGAUCCAUCAGUGAUUCGUCCAGAAGAAGGAAUUCCCAAAGGAGGUCCUUCAGUGAUUAGUCUAGGAGCUACUUCAGGGAUUCCUUCUGAAGAUCCUUCAGCAAUUCCUACAGGAGUUCCUUCAGAGAUUCCUCCAGGAGACCCUUCGGGAGUUUCUCUAGAAUUUCAAUCAGAAAUUUCUCAAGGCAUUUUAUGGGAUCCCUUAUAAAGGAGAUCCUUUAAAGAUCACUACAGGAGUUCCAUCACGGUUCCUAUAGGAAUUCCUUCUGAGAUACCGUCUGGAGUUUACCUUCGUAGUUUACUGCAGUACAGUCGCUCUUUCAGGGAUUGCUCCAAAAGUUACCUCAGGGAGCUUUAGGAAUCCCUUCAGGGAUCUCCCUAGUAGUUCCAGGAGGAUUCUGGGAUGCCUCCAGGUGUUUCAUCAGGAAUUCCUUCGGAAGUUUUCUCAACAACUUCUAUUCCAACAGGAGUUUGCUCAGGUCUCUUUAGCUCCUUCAGAGAUUCUUUUAGGAGGAUUCAGAAAUGCCUCCUGGAGAUCCAUCAGAAAUUCCUUCAGAAGUUCCUUCAGGUCUCUCGAAAUUAUUUAGGAGUUCCUUCAGAAAUUCUUCCAGGAGUUUCAGGGAUUCAUGCAGUUGUUUCUCUGAAUUCCUGGAUUGCUCCAGUACUUGCUUCAGAAACCUCUCCAAGAUUUCCUUUAGAGAUUCUUACAGGAUGAUCCAAGGAUUCCUCCAGGAGAACUCAGGGAUUCCCCAGCAUUUUCUUCAGGAAUUCCUGCAGAAGUUCAUUCAACGAUUAGUCCAAGAAUUCCCUCUUAGAUUCCUUCAGGAGUUUUUAAGGGAUUCUUCGUGAAGUUCCUUUAGGGAUUCUUCCGAGAGUUUUUCCAGGGAUGGCUCCUGGGGUUCUUUCGUAGCGGUUUCCAGGAUGAUUUACGGAUGACUCCAGAAGAGAUUUCAAACAAGAUUUCUACAGGGAUUCCUUCAUAGAUCAUUGCAGGAGUUCCUUCAAAAAUUUCCUUAGGACUAUAAUCAAGCAUAUCUCCAGGAUUCCUUGAAGGAUCUGUCAUAAAGAUUCUACACUAAUUCCUGCAAGAUUUACUUCUUGAAUUCCUCUAGGAAUUCUUCCAGAGAUUCCAGUUGAAACUCUUCUUGGAAAUCCUUCCCCUUAUCUGGAAAGAUUCCCUCUAGAAAUCAUUCAAGGUUUCCUUCUGGAAUUCCUUCAAGAUAUUCUCUUGAAAUUCCUUCAGGGAUUGCUCCAGAAAAUUCUUCGGAAAUUCCCACGGAAUUCCUUCGAGAAAUUCCUCUGGGGAUUCCUUCUAGAAUUUUUGCUGGGAUUCUUUCUUGGAUUCCUUCGGUGAUUUAUUCCUGUUUUUCCUCAGUACUUCAAUUCCAUCUUUCGCUGCUCGAACUCACAUCGCAACCUCGUUUUUCUUCCUACGCAGCUGCAGUGCUGCCUCCAGGUCUUCGUACUGUUGCUUCUGCUUCUCUUCUAGUGAUCGCACCUUCGUUGACGAAAGAUUUGUCAAACUCGUCGUCGUUUUUUUUCGGGUGCGAGCCUGCUUCUUGGCGUUCUUCUGCUUCUGUUGAUACUCCUGGACCUUCUCCAGACAUGCUUUGUUUUGGCAGUCAAUUUUUCAGCAGUUUUCCUUCCUCAAUGUCUACGCAACGGAUGUGGAACCAUUUCGAGCAUUCGUCACAGUCGACUAUCACCUCAAUAUAGCUGAAAUUUUGAAGAAGAACUCUGCCUAGGACUACGUAGGACGUUAAUUUUUACUGAAAUACAAAAAAAAGCGAUUGAGAACUCCACUCCUGAAAACACCUCACCAGCUCAAGGAAGAAGACACGAAUAAACAACAAUGGGUUUCAAAGAAUUCAAACUAUGUAAACAUCUGCCUCUGGCAACACGAACACAUUAUUUUGAAAUGUCAAAACCGUUUCCCCAAAUAGGAAACAAACAGCAGCAUGAAAUGUGUCAAGAACAUGUGGAAUUAUCUAUAGGGUAAACAUGACUGUUGAGAGAGAAAAAAAAACGAGAGCAUAACUAGACAGGUUAAUAAUAAUCAUGAUUAUAAACUAUUGGUGGCAUCACUAAUUUAACAAGGUAUUUCGUAACGAAAACUAGUGUACAUAUAGGUGAAAUUGUCGAAAAACAAAACAAGAACAGAAUAAGAACGCUAACGCACUACAAUGUGCUGCAGUGGUAACGGUGGUAGAAAUGAGAUGGAUACGAAGCAUAACAAAACCGUAAAGAAUACAGCAGCCCACAACCAAGAAGCAGAAUGACAUCCAAUGACUGAGGUGCUACAAUACCUACUGAUGAACGCAAAACACGGGUUGGUUUCUAUGGGUUCUCAUGCGGAUUCGAAUCAAGACGAAAAAACAAGAACGCUCGCAAGAACGAGAAUGGAAGGAUGGAUGUGAAUGUGUGCGUGCGUGUGAGAGCGCGAGAGAAUUUGGAUCCAUGCUUGAAUCACUAUGAUCACUAUUGUUUCGGAACUGUGCUCAAUUUUUUGUUUCGAAAGGCGCAAACAAGAGUAUUAAUCGGAUGAGUAGGAGAGAAAACUAAAACGCUCAUAAUGCCUGAUUUGUGUUUUUGGAUAAAAGUAAGAUUUUGACGUUUAUUGCUGCUGGAAUUAUUGUCGCUACUCAUUGUAUGCAUACGUUGUUACAGAAAUAAGAGGAAAUGAAUAGCUUUACCUUACGUUAAGUGUGAGCAAUCGUCAACAAUGAUGGAUAGUUAAUUCUAAAAGUAAUCCGAUGAUAAUUUAAAAAGCGAUUGCUAACGGAAUCGGUUGGAAAAAGAUUUAAAAUAAUAAUGUUUGCUCAAUAUUUAUUCAGAUGCGACGUAUAAGCAGAAGAGAAUAGACAAGAGAAUAGUGCUUUUGAAUUGGAUUUGGUUUUGUUGAAGGCUGCUGACAUCGGGAAAAAUGUUCAUCAGAUUAUUUUAUUUUAAGGUAUUCUACAACUUCAUUUAUCGCCCAUUAUAGGAAGGCGUAAACAUAAUUGAACAUAAAAUCACAGUAUUUACCCACUUAAACAUGAAUAUUUGCAUCAUGAGGCACAAGGUAGCAAAUACUAAACUUCGAUAAAGUUAAAGUUGGUGUCAUCAUUGGCAGUAUAGUGUUUUUGUAACAUUUUUUUUAGUCUGUUACCAGUGCUAAAUUACACUGAAAACCGCGUUGCGGUGACAAUGACAAUAAAAAUGGGUAAGCUCCUGUUGAAUGUGUGUAGGGUAAUUGUUCCCAUCGUUGUGAUAGUACCUAUUGUUGCGGUAAUGGCAAUUGAGCACUUUUUCGACUGAAAUGUUACCAAAAGGUGUUCUUAAUAGAUGUAUGGUGCUUAAAUUAUGAGAUUGCACCAUUUGUUUGCUUAAGAUUUGCCCAAAAACCUAUUUUAAAAAAAUAUUUUCCUAAAUGUGUUUGCUGCUGUGUUCCUAAUGUUGCGGUGUCCCAUAUGAUUUCAAUGGGAUACCGCAACAAUAGGAACAAAAUACCGCAACAUUAGGAACACAUACCGCAACAUUAGGAACACAAUGUUCUUUCAGAUAAAAACGAGUAAAAUGCUCUUAACAACAUCAAAGUGGCAAUAUUUCGUUAUUUUCCCGUAGAUUAAGGAUGAAUUUUAUUAUUUUCAAUUCAAUCCAUGUAAAAAGUUUGCUUGGGGCGAUACAAUUGUGGUUUAAACAUGAACCCAGCGCUUAACUCCUCCAUGAUCGGAUCAAUUACCCUAUGUAUCGGAGCCUGACAAUCGCCGGGUUCUUGGUUUGGCACCGAAUUCUCGCAGUGACUUUUUAUUAUGUGCGGCAUGAUGCCGUAGUGGAAGUGAAACGUACUGAAAGUGUACAGGAUUGUCUCCACGAGUUUUUUUUAGGGAUUGCUUAGGUUACUCCAGAAACACCUCGAAGGGGUCCGUUAAAAAUCUCUUCAGGGAUUUUCCUCGGAAACUACUCCAGAAAUUCCUUCAAAAAUUUCUACAGAAAUUUUUCCAGAAGUUCUCCAAAAGAAAUUGAAAUAUUUCCAGCAUUUCUCCAGAAAGUUCUCAUGGAGUUCUUUUGGGGAUUCCUUCAGAUACAUUUCGAGGAGUUCAUUCAGGUAUUCCCACAAGGAACUUCUCCAGAGAUUCUCAAGAAUUUCUUCUAGAAAUCUUAUUGGCUUUCUUUUGAAAUUCAAAAAAAAAAUCAUCCAUUCCUUUUGUGCAAUUUCUGGAAGAAUCGCUAGAAGAAUCUCUUGAGGAUUUUUUGAAGGAAUUUCCCGAGCCAUUUCUGACGGAAUCACAGGAGAAAUUUCAAAAACAACCUUUGUAGGAAUUUCUGCAGAAAUUCCUGGAGAAAUUUCUCGAGGAUUUUCUGGAGGGUCUCUUGGAGGAAUUUUCGCCGGAAUUUAUUAAACAUUGAGAAAUUUUAUGAAGAAAUCCGUGGAACUUUGAAAAAGAAAUCGCUGAGAAAUUUCAGAAGGAGUCCGGACCAUGAAGGAUUAUCCAAAAAUCAUCCAAGGAAUUUAUAAAUCUCCAGUCCUAUUCGUGCAAAAAUCCGUGGCGGCAUUUUUGAAGAAAUCCCAGGGAAAUUCCUGAAGGGAUCUCAGGAGAAUUCCGAAAAAUCUCUUAAGAAGUUUCCAAUGAAAUUGAUGUAGAAACUUAAAGGCAAUGUUUCAGGAGAAGUUUCUGAAUUCGUGGAAAAAAUUCCUAGAGGUGCCUUGGUGAAAAUGCUGGAGAAAUUUUUAAGGAAAUCUCCCAAGUAACACACUUGUCACCGAAGAGUCACCGCGGCGCAGGUUUUUGUUGCGCAGAAGUCACUGCGACUUACUUUUAGCAAGUUAGUAUUUAUUUGUUAGAAGUAAGUCAUACUAACUUCUGCGUAACAAAAACCUGCGCCGCCGUGACUCUUCGGUGACAAGUGUGUUACUUGGGCUGUUGGAACUCCUGAAAGAAUCUCCGUUUGUAUUUCUGUAUGAAUUUCUACAGGAAUCUCAGGAGGAAAUCCUACUUAAUUUUCUGGCCAUUAAAUCCUGGAGACAGCCCUGCGAUUAUUGCAGAUAGAAUCCUUGAAGAAAUUCCCAAAGUAAUCUCUGGAGGAGUUCGUGAAGAUCUGUAUGAAUUUUUGAAAGAAUUUCCGGAAUACUUUCUGAAUAAAGACCGCUGACUGAAGGAAUAUCUGAAAAUAUCGUUGAAAGAACUUUUAAAUGCGGAGAUAAUCCAGCCUAGGGCUAGCAGUCUCAAUAGGAAAAAAAUGUAAAACUUCAGGAUUCCUGGAAAAAAUAUGAAGGAAUCCUUGGAGAAACUUUUGAUUCCUUCAGAAAGAUUUGCUCAAGAACACUCUAGAAGUAUUUCUGAAAGUAUCGUAGAAGUUUUGGAAGAAAAACAUGAGAAAAGCUUUUAAGAAAUUCUUGGUUGAGUUUCUAAAACAAUCCUAAGAAAUUUUUUAAAAGAUUUUUUGAAAGAUUCAGUAAACUAAUCCUGGAGUUAUUUAUGAAGAUAUCCAUGGUGCAUGUUUGAAGCGGCUAGCUCAAAAGUAAACCCCUUAGGAUCGGCAGAUAUUUGCUCAGGAAGACUCACAACCCACGGUGCGGAACAAUGGCAGACACACACUGGAGGACGAAGAUAUUUCUCACGAAACAGUACAAAAUACAUUGUGCAAAGAAGUAUGUGUGUGUAUAUCUUUACCCCAAGAUGUAUAUGUAAGACAAAUAUGUAAAUCAGUUUACUCUUCAGGUACUCUUUUUAGCAUUCCUUCAGGAGUUCCGCUUGGAAUUGCUUCCAGGAUUCCUUCUGGAGUUUUUUCAGGAAUUCCUGCAGGGAUUCUUUCAGCAACUGAAACAGAGAUUCCUCAAGGAGUUCCUCAACGAACACUUCUUAGGAUUCCUUCAGGAUUUCUCCAGGAAUUUCAUGUGUGAUUUCUUCAGGAAUUCUUCCUGGGAUUCCUCCAGGACUUCCUUUUAUAAGAUUCUUCAGGAUUUUUUCGAGAAUUACUUCUGGUAUUCCCCUACGAAUUUCUUAGGAGAUUCCUCCAGAAAUUUCCCCAGGAAUUUAUCCAGAAAUUCUUCCCGGAAUUCCAGCAGGAAUUUCUCUAAAAAUUUCCCCAGGAAUUCCUCCAGAUAUUCCGCUAGAAAUUCCUCUAGGAAUUUCUUUACAGAUUUCUAUAGGAGUUUCUCUGGUAUUUCCCUCACUCUAGUGGUAAUUCCUCUAGGCAUCCCUCCAAGAAAUCCUCCAGGGAUUCUUCUCUGGAUUCUUGCAGAGAUUUUUGCAUGAGUUCUGUCAGCGAUUUCUGCAGGUAUUCCUCCAGAUAUUCCUCCAGGAAUUGCUUCAGAGACUCCUCCAGGAAUUGCUCCAAGAAUUCCCCAGGAACUCAUUCAGAAUUUGUUCAAGGAUUUUUCCAGGAAUUACUUCAGGGAUUCCCCCAAGAAUUCCACCAGGUAUUUCUAAGCAAUCUUCCAGGAAUUGAUCCAGGAUUUCUUCCAAGGAUUCCUUCUUGGAUUUUUGCAGCGCUUUCUCCAGGAAUUCUUUUGAGUUUUUUGAAUUCCAGAGAAUUCAUUCAGAGAUUCCUCCUGCUAUUCCUUCAUAUAUUCCUCCAGGAAUUGCUUCAGGGACUCCACUAGGAUUCAUCCAAUUUGUCCAGAAAUAACCCCUGAAAUUUCUUCAGGGAUAUCUACAAGAAUUUCACCAGGAAUUAAUCUGGGAAUUCCUUCAUAAAUUCUGCCAGCAAUUCAUCUUGAUUGCGCUCUCGUAUCGAACUGGACAAGAGACUGAACAGCAUUUCGAGGAGCGUUCCCGAGCAUGUCGGCUCACGAAAUGUUACAUUCGCGAAUGUAUCACUUGCUGAGUGUGGACCAUUCAGUGGUUCGCGAUUAAAUUCCUCUCACUGCAUUCAAGAGUUGUUCCAGGAAUUUCUCCAGGGGUUACACCAGAAAUUUGUUCAGAAGUUGCUUCAGGCAUUUCUUCAGAAUUCUCUCUAGAGAUUUUUCAAGGAAUUCCUUCAGGAAUGUCUCUAAGAAUUCCUCCAAGGAUAUCUUCAGAAAUUUCUCUGAGAUUUCUUCUAGGUAUUCUUCCAGAGAUUUCUUCUGAAAUUUGUCUAGGGAUUCCUUCCCAGUUUUUUUUCAGAAAUUUCUCCAGAAAUUUUUCAAGGGAUUGCUCCAAGAAUUUAUCCGAGGAUUUCUCCAGAAAAUUCUCCAGUAAUUCCUGCUGGGUCUCAUCCAAGAAUUUAUACAGGAAUGACUCCUGGUAUACUUUCAGAAUUUCCGCCGGGAAUUCUUCCAGGGAUUGCUCCAGGAAUACCUGAAAUGAUUUCUUCAGAAAUUCUUCUAAGUUUCUCUUCAAAAAUUCAUUAAGGAGUUUCUUCAGAAAUUUCAAAAAAUCCUUCAAUCAAUUAUUUCAGGGAUGUACCCAAGAAUGUUUCCAGGAUUACCUGAUGAUUUUUUUAAUUACUUCAAGAAUUUCUGGAGGAAUUUCUCCAGCGACUAGUAUUGGAAGAUAAUUUAAAAAGGAUGCAUACAGGAACCAGGAAGUUAUCCAGGGAAUCUUUCAGUAAUUCCUCAGCAGUUUCUUCAGAAGUUUACUCGGGGAUUCCAUUAGCAAUUCCUACAAUAAGCGAGACAAUAAGUCCUCCAGUGAUUCUUCCAAGAAACACACAUGCUUCAAAAAAGUCACCCAGGGCACCGCAGGCUCUGGUUGCGUAGAAGUCACUGUGACUCACUUUAAACAUAUAAGAACUUACAUGCAAACAGAACUUUCAGACAGUUCUCCAGGGAAUCCUCAGGAAUUCACCCAGGAAAAACUCUUUCGGAAUUCUUCCAAGGAUUUCCCCCGGAAUUUUUCUAGGAAUUCCUCCUAAAUUCCUUCAGACCUUUCUUUUUUGAAUCAAUUCCAGGAUCUUUCUAAAAAUUCCAUCAAUUGAGAGUUCCCCGAAAAUACCUGCAGCAAAAUUCUUCAAGAAUUUCUCCAGGCAUUUCGUUCAGAUUCUAGUUCUCACAGGAAUAUUUCGAGGGUUUCCUUCAGUGAUAGUUUUAAGUCUUUUAUGAGAUACUUUCGAAGAUUCUUCCAAGGAUUCUUCCGGGAAAGCAUCAACUGAUAUUUCUAUAGGAUAAGAUUCUAAGAUGAGUAUAUACAGUAUAUGAGUAUAUAAAACAAUCUUUAGUUAGAUUUUGACAAAGAUGUACUCGAAACAAUUCAACUGAAGGUUCAUUUUUAGAGGAAUAGAGGUCAAGGACAUUCCAAGAUUACCAAUAAACAUAUACAAACUGGAUGAUCAAUUACUUACUGUCGCGAGACUGCGAGACUUACUCUCCCACUCCGCAUACCUCCAGCUUCAUAAAUUAUUCGCUCUCGCUUGUGGUAAGUGGGCACAAACGCGAGUGUGUUGUGAAUUGGCAUCUAAGCCGAAAGAGAGACGGAUUUGUGAAAUAGGAGUGUUCACGGUGUGGCUUCGGAGUCAGUUUGGCUUUCUAUUCCGCGGAAUCAUUACCUGUUCUGUGGCUCAGUUGGUUAAAGCGCCGGUCUAACGAAUACGGAGUCGUGGGUUAAAAUCCCACCAGAACGCGGAUUUUUUUUCACAAAUUCAUCACUCAAUUUCUCAAUUAGCAACAUUUCGUGCCUUCUAAUUACAGUAAGUAAGCCGGAAUAAAUUCUAAGGAAAGUUCAAGCAAGCUUAUCCUUCAGAAUAUCUGGAAGGGAUUUUUGUAGAAUAACCUGACGAAUCGCUGCGGACAUUCCCGAACUAUUCAUUGAGAAAAAUUUAGAUGAAACUCCAGAGUAAAUGCCGAAAGAUUUUUCGGAAAAAAUAACUGCUGAGAAAAUUUCCCUAUAGGAAUUCGUGACGUUUGGAACUAUUCGACACAAAAUAUCGAUGUGUUUCUAUGUCGGAAUGUGCCUGUCACGAAGCGAUUACCGAAAAAAAAAACUUAAAAAACAUACACAGAGACAUUAAUGUGAAAUCGACAAGAAUUUUGGAAAUUAUUUUCCGGUGAAAUUCUUGAAAAUAUCCAGGCAGAAUAACUUGAGGAAAUCUACAAAUCAAUCCCCAAAGGAAUUUUUGAAAAAAAAUCCCAAUUUGCCGGCGACCUUCUUCUUCAUUAUGGUUCUACGUUCCCACUGGAACUUGGCCCGACGGAAUCCUUAGAAAAGCGUUUCGAAAGAAAUCUCGGAAGAAAAAAAUUGGGAUAAAUUUCUGAGGUUUGGUUUGGCAGUCGUUUGACACGAUGUACCGAAGUUUUGCUGUGUCGAAAUGUCUCUAAUUCGAACGAAUUUCCGAAAGAAUCUCCUGAUGUAAUAUGGAACAGAAUUUCAAAACAAAUUUUCAGGAAAAUUCUGGAAAAAAAAAUAAACGGGAAAGAUUUGGAACACAUCUGCGAUAGAAGUUGGGAAGUAUAACUAUAUCAAUUUUAAAAAUUUCCAAAGGAGUCUUCCAUAGAACGCUCGAAGAAAUCUCCUUGGUGAUUCUUGAAAGAACAAAAUCUCGAAAGGAUUCUAGAGAAACUCCAAGUAUAAGAAACAUUGAAUGUUAAAAUUUACGAGAAAUUGACCACAGAAAUUCCCGAAGGAAUCUCCAGAGAAAUUAUUCAACAAAUCUGAGAGAAACUCCAGAACUCACGGGAAAAAUCUAAAAUAAAUCUGCGAUAAAAGUCGGGAAGAAUGUCUAUAUAAAUUUCUAAAAACUCCAUUGGAUCCGCUGACUCUUAAAGAAAUCCCCUUAGUAAUUUCUUGCUGAAAAUCUCUAAAGAAUUCUCGAAAAAUCCGAAUCUUGAUCCGAAUACAUGAAACAUUCGCUGUAGUUGAGGUGAUCUCUCAGAAACUCCGAAUAGGAUCCCCAGAUUCUGUAGAAAGUACCAAAGCAAACCAAGGAAGAUUUGUUGAGGUUUGAUGCACACAUCAUUCGACGAGGGGUUUGAAUCUGGAGAAAUUUCCGGAAGAAUUUCAAGGAAGAAUUAUGACGAGAACUUCUUCAAGAGUCCCUCACGGAUUGCCUGAAUAAACUCCCAAAUAAAAAACUGCAAGGAAUUCUCAAACAAUUUUUGAAAAAAAAAAUCCUGCUAAAAUUUCUGAAAAUUUCGCAAAAGGAAAACUGCAGAAACUCAAAUAAAUUAAGUAUUAAUAUUGUGAAUGGAUGUAUUUCUGACAAUGGCUUAAUGGAAGUACAAGUAGAAUUCAAACAGGAACUCUUGAGUAGUAUCAAUUCAUAAACUUAUCUCCGAAGUUUUGAAAGCAUAAAACGGAGAAACUCCACAAACUUUCUGUUUUUUCGUAUAUUUCUAAAAUAAUUGUAAAAAAAAUUUCGAAAAAAAUCCUGCUUCAAACAUUUUCUGGAGAGUUGCUUUGCUGGAUGAUGUUGAGUUUGCUGGAUGAAUUUCUAGAGAGAUCCAAAUAAUGAUUUAGAAAAGACUUUAAAUUGUUCGCAAUAGAUUUCAUGACAGAUUUCUCGAUCACAGUAAAACAUUUAAAGCGGAUUUCAAUUCGGUAAUCUGUUUUUAGGGUUGAAGCAAAAAUAGACAAUAUGGUUUAAAAAGUUUUCUGAAUCAGAGUCUACUAACAGUCUGUACGUUUCAUCCAACAAGCAGAUUCUUCAAAAAAGCGCUCAAUUGAUCUUGUUUCCGGAUUUCAUUACUUAAUGAUGACUAGGGGGCAAUUAUAGAAAUUUCUAAAAAAAAACAAAGUUUUAGAUUUUUGUGUUAUUGUAUUAGGUUUCCAAAAGCUUUUUUUUAAAGUAAUUUCAAAUAGUCCAAAAGACUUUUUUUUGAAGUAGUUAGCCAAUAAAUCUUGAAUCAUUCGAAUUCCUAAUAGAUGGCAAUUUGAUGAUCUUCAUAUUAAGCCACCAGCAUCGAACAUUUUUCCCGCUGUACAGCAGUUUUAGUUGUUGGAAUUUUCCAAAUUUGCUUCCAGUUAUAUACAUUGCAACUAAGUUGCUCAAGUAGCUGAACCAGAAUCACUGGGUUAUGUAGUGUUUGUGUAUAUGUUAAGCAAAACUCAGCCUGGCGCUGAAGCAGAAUUGCGUAAACUGCGAUUAAAACUCGGUUGUCCGAGAAGAAACCAAUCCACGAUGAGAUAAGAGUAUUACAUUUAGGACAAAUGCAAAGCUGGAGAAGAGAAAUGCGGAAAACACAUAUAUUCAGGUUAGUGAACAGAAUUUAAACCUAGCUGCUAAUAAAUACAAGAAAAAUACAUGUAAACAAGGUGGAAAUAAUUUAUUAAACCAAAACAAAUAAAUCGUAAGCAACGAACUAACUGUCAAGAAACAUAAACCACUAAAAACACGCUCAUUAAAUGAAUGUUAAGUCGCUGGUUGGCAAAAGAGUGCGACGAAAGCAUUCAGUAUUAAAAUAAACACUUUCUAAUAAUCUACUUGAAUGUUAGGCUUAAACCAAACACUGAACUAACAAAUGUCAUCAAACCGAAUGUCAAAAGGCAAAUAAAUGGCGAAUGGACAAAA